CUAUAAUGAAAACGGAAGAACGCCACUUUGCAGAGGCAUGUGCAGAACAGUUUCAAACUGUGGCAUGCAAGUGGGAAAUUGAAAGAAAAGUUACAACCAUUGGGACUGACAGUGCACGCAAUAUGAUUGCUGCGGCUCGUAUUCUACCAUACGAGCAUAUGCCCUGUAUCGCGCACGUCAUACAGAGAAGCAUCACUGUGAGUCUCGCUGACAGCGGAUUUGUUCCUGCAUUAGCCAAGUGUCGCAAGAUUGUGGGACAUUUUAAACACAGCCCGGCAAACUUAACGGAGCUGAAUGCAGAGCAGGUGAAACUCGGACAGCAGCAGGAGCCACUGAUCCAAGACGUUCCAACGCGGUGGAAUUCCACACUUGAAAUGGUCAAACGCAUCAUCCCCAAUCAAGCAGCAAUAAAAGCAACCCUGGAUCAACAGCAGCAUAAUCUCGUCAUGCUGACGCCAGCAGAAUGGGAUAAACUCCAGAGACUGGAGACCCUUCUAGAGCCCUGCCGGUAUGUGACUCAGAUCCUGGGUGGGGAGGCCUACGUCUCCUGCUCAGUGGUACUACCUGCCCUCUGCCACUUACACCGUGUAAUGGAUACUUCUGAUGAGGACCCUGCAUACAUGAUUAGAUUUAAGACCAAAUUCAAAGACGACCUAGGCUCCCGCCAAGAACACACCAACAAUGCAUGGCUCAAGAUUGCAACCGCACUGGACCCACGUUUUAAGGACUUGAAAAGUGUGCCCAAGGCAGACAGAGAGGAGGUGUGGACCAAACUUGGAGGCCUUCUGCGUGAAUCACCUGGAAGACCUUCACACACUACUGAAGAUGGGCCACCCAAGAAGAAAAUGAACCUUCUUCUACAGCUGGGCUCAGAUUCAGAAUCAGAUGAAGAGGUACAGCCUGACAGAGCCUUACACAGGUACAGAGCAGAGCCCACCAUUGAAAUGACGGACUGUCCCUUGCAGUGGUGGUCAUCUCAUGCAGGAGCCCAUGACAAGCUGGCUCCGUUGGCUCGGAAAUAUCUAGCCACUCCUGCAUCCUCAGUUCCCUGUGAAAGACUCUUCUCACUUGCCGGUCACAUUGUGCAAAAGAAGCGGUCAGCUUUACUCUCAGAAAAUGUGGACAAAUUGGUUUGCCUCAGUAACUGGCUAAAGGAUGAAUAGAGAAGCGGGCCACAUGUAAUUGUGUAGGCCAUGUUCUUUUGGUUUGAUAAAAAAGAGAAAUCUCUUUGUUUUUCCUUUGUUGAAGAGAAAUGGCCAAGAUGGCUAGUGUGUUACAGAAGGAGACACCAUCCUAUUUUGUUUUACUAUUUCAGUUUCAU